AAAAAGUUUUCCACCAUUUAUGUGACCUAUGACCUGUGCAACUCAAUUUGAAAAAACCAAACCAAACACUUUUCUCGAGGGGAAGCUGAAAUAACGGCGGUCAUGUGGUGGCACAACAUUUCCUUUCAAUGGAAAGAUCAAUCAAAUGAAGUUGAAACUCCCAUGUCAGCACAUAGACACGCGUGUAUUGGUUGGAAUGCAAAAGAAAUGUAUUUGUGUUGUAGAAAAUGUGCUGGUUAUUCCAAAUGUCAUUUUUCGCUUGACUGUCGUUCUAAAAAAAACAAACAAAAACUCAUUGGUAUGCAAAUGUAAGGCAACGGGGUUGACUGAAAUACGGUGUGCACAAUGUGUGCGUGUUCAUGACAUGAUUGCAAUAAAGUCACUAUGAACAUUUACAAGUGUCCCGGUGACGUUCAAGUCACAUGAACUUGAAUUCAAGUUCCCAAGUUUUGUUUGCACUUUAUUCGCACCAAAACUAGAAAUCCACUGGUUUACUAACCAAUAUUGUAUGAUAAUAUUGAUUGAUUGACGUUUCCAUUCAAAUGACUUGGGAGUUAUUUUCGGAACUUGAUUGGUCAGGUCGGGCACGGGCACGGGCACGCGCAAUCGAUUGGGAUGCAUGACGCGAGGAGCUCGGAAAAAGUGGCGUUUAUUGGUCGUAAAAAUGUUGUUUUUCGGCUGAGUGGCGAAAAGUUGUGGUCGAGAGUCCACUUGGAACAGCAGCGCGUCGCCACGCCCACCGGCCCCCACGUGACCGCGGGCACGAGCGCGAGCCUGCGCGUCGUCAUCGCCUCCCCCAACUUCUUCUUCUUCUCCCUCGUCGUCGUCGUCGCCGCCGCCGCCGCCGCCGCCGUCGUCGUCUUCUCCUCCUUCGUGUUGUUGUCGUUCUUCGGCUCGUGGCGAUGCUCGGUGCCGGUACCGGAGCGGGUCCGCUCGCGCUGCGCGUGCUCGCGCUGGCCGCCCUGCUCACCUGCGGCGCGAGGCGCGUGCGCGGCAGCAACAUCCUCCUCAUCGUCACCGACGACCAAGACCAAAACCUGGGCGGCAUGACACCAAUGAAGAAGACGAGAUCUUUGAUCGGAGACGCCGGAGCGACCUUCGUCAACUCGUUCACGGUGACGCCGUUGUGCUGCCCGAGCCGCUGCAGCAUCCUGACGGGCCGCUACCCUCACAACCACCUGGUGAGGAACAACUCGCUGGCCGGGAACUGCGCCGGCGCGGCGUGGCGGAGCGGAGGCGAGGCCCAGGCGUUCCCCGUUUUCCUCAGCAAGCGCCGCUACCAGACCUUCUUCGCCGGGAAGUACCUCAACCAGUACGGCAAGAAAGAGGCGGGCGGCGUCGGCCAUGUUCCGCCAGGCUGGGACCAGUGGCACGCGCUGGUGGGCAACUCUCGCUACUACAACUACAGUCUGUCCCGAAACGGGGUGGAGGAGAAGCACGGCGACAACUACACCGACGACUACCUCACAGAUCUCAUCGCCGAGCGCUCUCUUCGCUUCCUGGACAACCGCAGCCCUCAGCGACCGUUCUUCUUGAUGCUGGCGCCGCCCGCGCCGCACUGGCCCUGGACCGCCGCCCCGCAGUACCGGAAACGCUUCGACGACGUCAAAGCGCCCCGAGACGGAAGCUUCGACAAGACGGCCAAGGACAAACACUGGUUGCUGCGGCAGCCCGCCAACCCCAUGCCCGACGGCACGCUGGCCUUCCUGGACGACGCCUACCGCAGGAGGUGGCGGACGCUGCUGUCGGUGGACGACCUGGUGGAGAAGCUGGUGAGGAAGCUGGAGGAGCUGAAGGAGCUCGACGACACGUACGUCUUCUUCACGUCAGACAACGGCUACCACACAGGUCAAUUCUCGCUGCCCAUCGACAAGCGUCAACUGUACGAGUUCGACAUCCGCACGCCGCUGCUGGUCCGCGGUCCCGGCGUCAAAGCCAACACCACGCUCGAGGCUCCCGUGCUGAACAUUGACCUGGCGCCGACCAUUCUGGACAUCGCCGGCGUCGACGUGUCGGCCGCCGACGUGGACGGGCAGUCCUUCCUGUCUCUGAUGGCGCCGUCGUUGCGCAACGGCUCCGCGCGCCCUUUCUUCCUGGUGGAGCACACGGGCGAGGGGCUGUCCAGCGCCGACCCCGCCUGCCCCAAACUGGGCCCCGGCCUCUCGCAAUGUUUCCCCGACUGCGUGUGCGAGGACUCGUUCAACAACACGUACGCUUGCGUCAGGACGCUGGACGGACGCGACGACAUGCAGUACUGCGAGUUCGCCGACAGCGAGUCGUUUGUGGAGGUGUACGACCUGAGCUCGGACCCCCACCAGCUGGAGAACAUCGUGAAGAAGGUGGACCCGGCCGUGCUGGAGACCAUGAACCAGCGCCUCAUCAAGCUCCAGUCGUGCCGGGGCGCAGGAUGCCGCGCCCUCUCCACGUGAGGCUUCGAAGCGGCCGAUCACGCAGGAAAUUUCUCGUCGCUUUUUCGCGCCGUCUCAUUUUGGCGUCGACAAGAUGGUGAGACUUGACUUCUUUUUCACUUUAAAAGCAGCUGGACCAAAGGCGCCGUUUUGAUUCGCUCCAGCAUCGAAUCCGUUUUUGUCUUUGAGCGACGGUACUUCCUGUCUUUCGCCUGCUAAAAGUGCGGCCCGCUUCCUGUGUCGUCCCCGAAUGCACCACGUAGAGCGAUUCUUGUUUUGUGUGCUCAAUCACUCCUUUUCCUUUUUUUUUUUUUUUUUUUUUUAUGAAUAAAUUGGAAUUUUGUUGUGAAAUUGAAAUUGUAAUUGACGCCUGCUCAAAAAGACGGCAGCAAAGCGAUACUUUUCGAUCAAACAAAACUAUGGCCUGACUAAAUGAAACUCCUCCUGUCAUUUCAAUUUUCGAUGAGACACGGCUCCGCCCUUCGCACGAGAACCGGGAAUGGGCGGGUUUCUCAGCCAAUCACGGAGGACAGCUUCCCAGAGAAUCUGCGCAAUGGCAAAAACGAGGGCCGCGUUUACUGAAAGUGUCAAAAUCAAAUGGAAAGUCACAACGGUGGACUGGCUACAUGCUAAGCUAAGCGCCACUUAUUUUUUCACUUUUCAAAGCCUCCGUUUUGUCUUUUUCGGCCCGAUGCCGGGGGGGAUCCUGGUGUUGUUCGACAAUGACUCCUUGUUUAUUUUCCAGAUUAGGAAUCGCAAUUAUUCUUUGUGAAAGCUUCACUCGCUAAAUCACUUGAAUUCCUCAUGACUGAUUUAAUGCUUCGUGCUAAGCUAACUAGCUUAGCCUGCUGACAGGCAUGUAUAUGAAAUGGAAUUUUGUUGUGUUGGAGAUUUUGUUUUCCAAACCAUUUUGUCAUCUCUUUUUUAAAAUCAUAUUUAAAAACAAAUUAGAUUUACAAAGAGAUGGAACUACAUCAGUUUGAAUUAUUUUGGUGUUAUUUGUAGCAGUUGUUUGCACUACAGAGGCCCUCGAUCUGAAUGUUUGUCCGGUGAUCAAUGAAAAGAAAUUAAAAGCAGCCUUUGUCGUGUUCACA